CUCUCUCUCUCAUUCUUCCCCCCUAUCGAUCUUUAUUCCAUGUAAUUGUGCUACUAACUCACCAGUCGCCACCCAACCCAAAGUCUCUCUCCUCUGCUCCUCAGUCCUCAUUUCUUUUUAUGCCAACACCAAAGCCUCAAAAACAAAACAACCUCCUCAAUAGAGAAAAUAGUGGAGCAACAAAAGCCCCGGCCAAGUACUCCUACUUACUCUACCAUCCCAUACCCGAAUAUUUCUCUCUGGAAUGAUGGAAGAGCCAGUUGAGCUACUCACGAGGACACCUCCUGUGCUCUCCCCCUGCACCAGCGCCAAAAGAAGAAGCACUUCUAGAACCACUACAGAUUCCAACUCACCCGAAUUUGAGUUCUGGAAUAUGCUCCGAAACCCGUCUUUUCCCCAGCCCAACCUUCUCUCAGCUGAUGAGCUCUUCUCUGACGGUGUCCUCCUCCCUCUCCACCUCCUCAAUAACCAUUCCUCCGACGACCCACCCGACCAAAAGCCAUCAUCCGCCGACCCACCUGAAGCUUCCGGGUCAGACCAACCCGGGCCCGGAUCGAGACCCGAUGUCUCUAACGUCUUGUCUGCUUUGUCAGCACCCACAUUCACUUCUUCCAAGCGGUGGAAAGACAUUUUCAAGAUUAGCGGUGACCGGAGAAAGUUAGAGGAUGAUAGUAGCCGGAAAGAAAAGAAGAAAGAGAAGAAAAUCGCAGGUGGUGGAGGAGGGCCGAGUAAUGGUGGGGUGAGCGCCGCGGCGGAGCUGAACAUAAAUAUCUGGCCAUUCAGGAGGAGUAGAUCCGCCGGGAACGGCGGGAAUAGGCCGCGGAUGGCGGGUGCCGGUGCAACUCGCAAGGUGAGUAGUGCGCCGUGCUCGAGGAGCAACUCAGCCGGUGAGUCCAAGUCUAGGAAACAGUGGCCUAGCAGUCCAAGUCGAGGUGGGGUCCACUUGGGCCGGAGCAGCCCGGUUUGGCAAGUCCGCCGCGGUGCUGCCGGUGGCGGGAAGGGAGCCGCCGCCGACAUCGUGGCAAGGAAUGCUGAGAAGGGUGCUAAAAGAGAGGUUAGCAAUGAAGCUCGCCGGAAAACGUCUGUUGCCGCCGUGUCAAGCAGUGGCGCAGCCAAGGCAAAGGCCUUGCAUUUGAAUGUUCCGAUGUGUAUUGGUUAUAGGAAUCAUUUGAGCUGUAGAAGUGAUGAAAAUAGUGCUGUUGGUUGUGCGGCUGAAGGGGCCGCUGGUCUUGGUGGUGCUCAUAGAGGAGGAGGUGGCUCCGACGAAGGCGUACGUGGCAGCAGUAAUUUAUUUAAAAUCCGAAGCCUCUUUACCAAGAAAGUGCAUUAGCACUUUCCAAAGAUAAUUGCCGAUUUGCCAUGUUACUAUUUUAAUUGCUUCUUGCCCCCCCAGCCUACCUUCCUCUUUUGUAGUAAUUUAUUGAAGUGCUUUUUUUUUAGACUCCAUGUGUAUCUAUUAAAGAAAAGUUAUAGGCAGCUACUAACCAGAGCUCCUGCUGUUCAAUUUUAACAGUAGUGUAUUAUUGUAAAUUAUUAUUAAUUUUUAUUGAGAGUAUUAUGGGAUC